GGAGCCCGCGGGACGCGCCGGGGCGUGGCCACGUGGGGCGGUGGCAGUGCGCGCGCCUGCGCGUGGGCGGUCACGUGCCCGCGGCGGCGAGCGGAGCGGAGCGGAGCGGAGCGGGCGCCAUGGCGGCCCCGGGCGGAGGGAGGAAGGAGGACUCGUACAACGUGCUGGACCUGGCGGAGUACACCAAGAACCGGCCCUGGUGGCGCAAGGUGUUCGCCCCCAGCUCGGGGUCGAGCGCGGAGAAGUACAACGUGGCCACGCAGCUGGUGAUCGGCGGGGUCACGGGCUGGUGUACUGGAUUCAUCUUCCAGAAGGUUGGGAAGCUGGCAGCGACAGCAGUGGGAGGUGGCUUUUUCCUGCUUCAGAUUGCAAACCACACAGGAUACAUCAAAGUGGACUGGAAGCUAGUAGAACGGGACGUGAACAAAGCCAAGCAGCAGCUGAAAUUUCACGGCAGCGGUAACAAAAUGUCUCCAGAAGUGAAAAGCAAAGUGGAUGAGGUGAUCACGUUUCUGAAGAAGAAUGUUAUCCUGACCGGAGGGUUUGCUGGAGGAUUUCUGCUUGGAAUGGCGUCAUAGGAACUGCACUCGACUCUCCUUUCUUGCCAACCUCCCUGUCCUCUCCUUCGUUUUCCCUCCCACUUAGAAAUCAGUGGCUGUUGCCAGCAGGCUCAAUCCCUUCUGCUCCCAGGUUCCAACCCAUACUUCUUACAAUGCUGCUCUGAUUUCCAGCUUUUUCCUCUGUCUGGGCUGUUUGGGUGCUGGGAUUGAUCUGAAGCUUGUGACCCCCAGCAUAUCAGUGUGAUUCCUUUCUCCACCCAAUAUGCCCAGAUUUUGGUGAUUUGCAGCCUCAUAAAUACGUAGGGGCAGAGAACUCUCUAAACAAGCUUCUUCGCAGGUGCCCAGGACUGUUACAUUUGUUUGUCUACCAGUAUGUGUAUACAACAGCUAUCAGUUGUUCACUGCUCCUUGGCUUGUACUUUCUCUUCCGUGGUACCUGGAAGGCCUGUGCUUCCCUCUGUGCAGAGGUGGUGUGUGAAAUCCAAAUAUGCCCGGCUGUCCUUCGGUGGAGGCAGAAGUGUCAGGGGGCAGCUUGGGCUCUGUGCCAGAAUGGACUUCUGGGCUGGUGGUUAAGGAGCCAGUUCACGCUCUGUGUGGGGCUGGGCCGUUCUCCUGCCUUCCCCCUGCCAUUGCACUACACGUAAAUGGCCAUUUUGGCUUCUCCUCUGCUGUUAUUUAUACCCCUUACUGGAACUGCAGCGCUGGCACUGCUGAUGGAAACUGAGCACCGUGUGUGACUCUCCAACCCUUUCCUUAUCAUGUCUUCUGAAAGUCACUGAGUUUCCUGCACUGCAGAGCGCAGUUGUCUUUCUUGCUUGCCAGGUGGCUGCUCAGCUUCUGAAAUGUGCUGAGGCACUCUUGUUUGCUCGACCCAUCCGUGUCGGGCCGGCUGGCUCAGGUAGCGUGUGUUUCAGCUGUGCUGCUUACUGGUGGCUCAGACUGGUGUUGCUAGGUCUAGCAUGGCCUUCCCUGGCCAAUGUGGAGUUGGUGAUGCCCAUAAGAAGGUAACUGUGUGGGACAGGAUUGUAGAUAGGAGAUGCAUCCCGAUUGAGGGUACAUUGUACUGGUCCAGGAUCCCUGUUGCCAGCUCAGUUGGAGUGGGGGGAAGGAUAUGAAAUCUGGCUAGAACUGCUUUGAGUGCAGUCUUUUAUCUGCCUCUGCAGAGUACGAAUCCCAUCUCCCUGGUGUCUGCAAACUGAAUUAUUUAAUCUUCCCAGCGUCUGCAUCCUGGGGGCUGCUGUUGUCAGAGUGGUUCAGCUGCCCUUCUCUAGUGCAUCUCAGAAAUCACGAGUUCCUUUGAACGUAUUUGGCAAUAACUCCCAUUUCUUUUCCUUCCCCAACCUGAGACUGUGGUUACAGAGAUGCUACCUGGAGCAGCUAAGGCAACCUGCUUACCAUCCUGUCUGCUUAGGAGAACAGGGUCCUUAGGCCUAGAUGACAAAGAUGGUAGGAAAACCAGGGUGUAUUCCUGUGGCAGGGGCCACUUCUAGCUUUCUGUUUUGGUGGUGUUCCUUCCUUCUUUGAGCUCAUUAGUUUUUCCCCAUUUCCACAAAAAGAACUAUCCCCUUGCUUCCAUAAUUCCUGUAUCUGCAGCCUUUUCCCUGCGGGUAAUGAGGCAGCCAGGAUGCAGAGCCUUGCUGUUUUUAGCCCCGUGCAGCUAUGUGCAGAGCAGAACUCUAACCUACAAGAGAAAAGGAAAAAAAAAUUCUACAAAAAAAAUUCCUUAGAGCUGUUCUGCAUUGGCUGGGGCUGGGUUGGCAUUGCCUCUUUCCAAAAUCUGGGGACUCGUGUGACAGCAGGGUGAUGAUGUCCUCCAGCAGGUUACGUGUAAGUGUUCUUGCAGAGAAUGGGUCUCUUCUGCUGGAAGUCAUCCCAUCCGACCUGGGAAACACGCUGGAGAAUGGCGAAGCAUGUGGGUGUUGAGGAUGCAGUGCCCAGGGCAGCAGCUGCACCCUCUCCUGCACCGUGUAACGCCAUGUUGCGUUGCUGGCUCUUGGCAUGGAUGGAAGUGGGGGACCUUCCCCAAAGAGAAAUGCUAGAAGAGCUGGAACUGUGGGUUCUGCCACCAGAGGUUUUGGGGUGAGCACUUGCAGUUGAUUUUGUCUUACCCUGUGUUCAUUGAAGUCAAUGUAGCAGCACGUUGAGUUAGUUGAGGUUUUCUCACCUUCUUCAUCCUAAAAGCAGCUGCGGGUAAUCAGGAAGCAGAAGUUGGUGUCUUUGCUCCUGUCCUGCCGUACGUGUGAGCAGGCAGGCUCACAUGCCUUCAAUGAUGGCCUUCCUAGAGGCCCUCAAGGGCUGUGGGAAUGCUGUGAGGCAACAAAUAGGUCCUCAGUAGAUCACUGGGAGUGGAAUGACAAAAGACUGCUUUUUUUUUUUUUGUAAAAGGAAAUGCAGCUGAACGUGCGUGAAUUCAUACAUAUGUAUUGCAGGAUCUCCCUUGUUCCUGUAGGGAGAAAAUUUUUACUUUCCCUCUGCCUGGUGUGUUAUCUAACACAGCUGUCUACUGAGGCACGUUUCGGUCUCCAAAGCUUUCUUCAAAGACAAAGCUCAAAGUAGAUAAUUAACAGACCUUAAGGCUCAAAUAAAUCCCUGUUAUUUCUGCCCCAGCCUAGGGAAGAGUGUACUGGGUCCUGUUCCCCAGGAUCCGGAGUUACUGCUACGGAGAGAAAUGGCCCAGAGAUGGUCCUAAUUGAGCUAAAAUGUCUCGAUUCCUGCUGGAAGGAGAAACAAGUGGUUGAGACAAAUUCAUGUUGAGUUUGGUGUGAACACAGGCAGGGAGUGGGCAAGGACAUCAAAAUCUGGCAAGUGUUUUUGCUGUUCCAGUGUCGGUCUCGGGCUGGCACCGUUUGAGUGCUGCGUAGCCGCACUGGAAGCCUUGAUGCUGAAUGAACAAUCUCCGUGGGGAUGCACUUGCGUUGCUGCAGGCGCCAACAUGAAUGUCCCACCCCCCAUCACGCGCGUGCAUGCACACGCACUCCCCUUGGACUGGUUUCAACGACUUCUGGUGCCUGUUCCAGUACGGGAAGGUUUAAAACACACUAGGCUUGUAAAGUCUUUUUAUAUAUUGUAUGUAAAUGCUUGUUGAAGUGAUAUUUUAUUAAACAGUUUUGCUCUAAUA